GCCCACCCCCACGCCCAGCCCUUGGCUACCACCCCUGUGUACCUGGGCCGAUCCACUGCCCAAGGCGCGCGGGGGGUGGAGUGGCCCAGAGGAUCACAGUGGGGCCGGCAAGGGUGCCCCCGAGAGCUGAAAGCGUGCGCUCUGUCCACUUUGUUUCUGUUGGUUGAAACUCCUAGAGCGCGGCAGGUUGGGCUCGGAAAAGAACAAGGAACGGAAGCGGGAAGGGGAGGAGCGCGCACCCCCGCCGACCUUGGAGCUCGCCGCGCCCCCUACUCUCCUGGUACUUGGGAGGGGACGCGCGGGCCCGACGCGCCCAGACGGCCGCGAUGGCGCCGGCGGCCUUCUCGCGUUCUUGCGGGCCCGGCGCCCACACGGCCGCGGUCGUCUUCCUCUGGCUCCUUCUCAGCACCUGGUGCACAGCGCCUGCCGGUGCCAUCCAGGUGACCGUGUCCAACCCCUACCAUGUAGUGAUCCUAUUCCAGCCAGUCACCCUGCCCUGCUCCUACCAGAUGACCUCGACCCUCACGGCACCCAUUGUGAUCUGGAAGUACAAGUCCUUCUGCCGGAACCGCAUCGCCGAUGCAUUCUCCCCAGCCAGCGUGGACAACCAGAUUAAUGCCCAGCUGGCAGCCAGCAACCCCGGCUACAACCCGUACGUGGAGUGCCAGGACAGCGUGCGCACCGUCAGGGUUGUGGCCACCAAGCAGGGCAACGCUGUGACCCUGGGAGACUACUACCAGGGCCGGAGGAUCACCAUCACGGGAAGUGCUGACCUGACUUUUGAGCAGACAGCUUGGGGAGACAGCGGCGUGUACUACUGCUCUGUAGUCUCAGCCCAGGACCUCCAGGGCAACAAUGAGGCCUACGCAGAGCUCAUCGUCCUCGGCAGGACCUCAGGGGUGACUGAGCUUUUACCUGGUUUUCAGGCGGGGCCCAUGGAAGACUGGCUCUUCGUGGUCGUGGUGUGCCUGGCUGCCUUCCUUGUCUUCCUCCUCCUGAGCAUCUGCUGGUGUCAGUGCUGCCCACACACCUGCUGCUGUUAUGUCAGGUGCCCCUGCUGCCCGCAGAAGUGCUGCUGCCCAGAGGCCUUGUAUGCUGCUGGCAAAGCAGCCACCUCAGGGGUGCCAAGCAUCUAUGCCCCCAGCACCUACGCCCACCUCUCCCCUGCCAAGACCCCACCCCCUCCGCCAGCCAUGAUUCCCAUGGGCCCUGUCUACAAUGGCUACCCUGGAGGGUAUCCUGGAGACUUCGACAGGAACAGCUCAGUGGGCGGCCACAGCUCCCAGGUACCCCUGCUUCGAGACACGGACAGCAAUUCAACCUCUGAAGUCCGCAGUGGCUACAGGAUCCAGGCCAAUCAGCAGGAUGAUUCCAUGCGAGUUCUGUACUACAUGGAGAAGGAACUGGCCAAUUUUGACCCCUCUCGUCCUGGCCCUCCCAAUGGCCGUGUGGAGCGGGCCAUGAGUGAAGUCACCUCCCUCCAUGAGGACGACUGGAGAUCCAGACCUUCCCGGUGUCCCGCUCUCAGCCCAAUCCGGGAUGAGGAGUGGGGUCACCGCUCCCCUCGGAGUCCCAGGAGGUGGGAGCAGGAGCCCCCCACAGAACGGGCAGGGAGUGGCCGGCCCCGAGCCCGAUCUGUGGAUGCUCUGGACGACCUCACCCGGCCAGGCUCCGCAGAAUCGGGAAGGAGGUCUCCUGCAAAUAGCGGGAGGAGGGGGCGGGCCUGUGCACCCCCUCGAAGCCGCAGCCGUGAUGACCUCUACAACCCAGAUGAUGACUCGAGGGACUUCCCACACUCGAGAGAUCCCCACUAUGAUGACUUCAGGUCUAGGGACCGCCCUCCUGCUGACCCUAGAUCCCGCUACCGGUCCCGGGACCCUCGGGAUGAUGGCUCCAGGUCCAGGGAUCCCCAGUAUGAUGGGCGGCUACUAGACGAAGCCUUGAGGAGAAAGGGACUGGGGGAGAGGAGGAGGCCUCACAGGGAGGAAGAGGAAGAGGAGGCCUACUACCCUCCAGCGCCACCCCCAUACUCGGAGACGGAGUCUCAGGCCUCGCGGGAGCGGAAGCUCAAGAAGAACUUGGCCCUCAGUCGGGAAAGUUUAGUCGUCUGAGCUCACAUUUUGUAUGUAGCUUUUGUACUUCGUUUGUGGUACUGGGGAUUGAACCCACAGCCUUCGCACUGAGCUACGUCCCCGACCCUUUUUUUUUUUUUUAACU